AUUGGUGAACUCCGAUCGCAGAUUGCACAAGUCACAAGUCAGCGAACGGUCGUCGAGUAUGGGCUGCUCCUGGUCGAGAUCCGAGCAGGUGGAUUCCAGUGCCACGCCCAAUGCCCUGCAGGCGGGCAUUCCUGCCCAGCGCCACCAGAGGAGGCGUCGCCAAGAGGAGAAGCAUCACCGCCAGCUGCAGAAGCUGCAAAAGCGCACUGCGCGAAAACGUCGCCGGAAGAGGGGCGCAGGAUCCGGUUCCGCCGGUUCCGGAGGACCUAUUUGCGGUCGGAGUGGAUCGAUUAACAGGCGAAACAUCAGCGCAAAAACCCAUCCCGAUCUCGCCCUGCAACUGCGCCUACUGGGCGGCAGCAAUGGAAGCACGGCCACCGAGUGUGUCAGUGCUCUGUAUGCCAGGACACUGGAGCAGCAGCGCGAGGAGUUCCAGCGAACCGUGGAGCAGAGGACCCUGCACCAGUUGGACCGCGAGUUGCACACCUUCCUGCUGAACCAAUUGCUCCUGGGCGUCCAGUUCUUUGGCCACUUCGACGCCGAGAUGGCCGUGAUCGAUGCCCAAAUCGUGGCCAGGCGACGCAACUGCUCCGCCGAGAAGCUGGCCGAGCACAGCCUGCUCCAGAGUAGCGCCAUCGAUGCGGCUGUCGCCAGGAACCUGCUCUUCAAGCCGCCAUCUUCGAAGACUCCACCACAGCUGCUGCAGAAACCCGUGACCUAUGUGGUCUUUGAGAACGUGGACGUGGCGCGACCGCACGAUGCCAACUACGACACCGUGGCAUCACUGUGCAAGGUGCUCCUGGAGACGGACUACUACCGGACAACGCCCUGCCCCUCCGAGCUGGUCAACUUGAUGAAGAUGACCAAGUGGAUGGGCUAUGUGCGCCUCAAGCUGCGCGACCAAUUGCCGCAUCCGCUGGCGGGCACGAGCAGUAGCUCCAGCUCACCCUUGCCGGCGAGCAGCGAUGAGGAGUGCAUCUACGCGGAUGUGGGAUCCUCACCAUCGUCGGGCUACAGUUCGGGCGACUACGAUUAUGUGUACCUGAACAGGUUGAAUACUCCGCGUCCGCUGGAGGAGCUGCGCUUUGGGCGGGAGUUCAAUUUCCGGAGGAAUGUCCUGCCGGAGAGUUGCAUUCGCCGUUUGGCCAGCUGUCUGCCUCCUUGGAUGGAGCAAACCGACGACGAGGAGUCAUCCUCCGCCGCAUCCAGCGGUGACGAGGACGAAAAGGAUCAGGCGAGUUCCGACAAUCGCGGAUAUCCACCGGUUGGCUAUGAAACGGUGGAGGUGCUUCGCCAGUGUCAUGUGGAGCAACUGCAGCAGUGCUACCUCAGUUCGCAGCAGUUCAUGCUGUACUUUGGAGAGGUGCUCCGUCAUCACUUGGCCAACCAAUUGGGCAUCAGUCAGUCUCAGCUGGCCGCGUGUUCGUAUCGCGGCUGUAGUGUUUAUACCGCUCGCGAGGAGCUGGUGCCCGCCAUCCAUGUGCCCAACUCCUGGCCGGAUUGCGCCUUCGAGUUCUGGCUGAGGGCUCGUCCCCGGUUGACCAACAUCCAUACUGCCGAGCAGUUCCAAUGGCCGACGGAGCAGAUGAAGAAACGUAUCCGAUCCAUGGGCUUCCAUGUCGUACCAGUGGGCUAUGCGCCAAAGCGCUCGAGAAAUCCCUUCAGGGAACUGGAGUGGCGCAUUGUCUUUCCCCAGGCGGAGCAGUUUCUCGAGCGCCACUGCCUGACGCCCAUGCAACUUAAGGUGUUCCAGCUGAUGAAGCUGCUGGUCAAGACCUUUGUAGACGAAUCCUCAUCCUCAUCCAGUGACCAAUCCCCGGGAGCUUUGCUCGAGCAGCUGAGAGCCCAUAUGUUUUGGCAGUGUGAGCAGCACAGCAAUGACUGGCCGGAGGAGUUUCUGGGCGAGCGAUUGGUUCGGUUUAUCCGCUCCUUCGACGCCUGUUUGGCCAAGAAACACCUGAGCGACUACUUCAUCGAGCAGCGGAAUCUCUUCGAGCACGUCCCAGAGGACACGCUGAUGAAGCUGCGCAGCAUAAUGGCCGGCAUUGCGGAGCAACCACUGCUGCACGUCAUCCAGGCACUGAGGAAUCUGCAGCACGCGCCGGAAUUCUACCCGCAACUGGAGUACAAGCGACUGUUGGAGAAUCUCUUUAGCCAGGAUUACCUGGAGCUGCACGGACGGGGCAAGUUCUCGCGUCCCCGUCCGGGGUUUCCCACUCUCGAGAACCGUGAUGAAACCAACGGGGCGCAGCAGGUCGAAGAGAAAAAAGCCGAAAGAGGAGACAUCACCGAUGCCAAGGGACUCUUGGGAUUGGCUCAGCACCAGGAGCGGUCGAGAGGAAAGCUGCGCAGGAAGACGCAGCUCUUGAGGGCCACGACUCAGCAACGGCAGAUCUCGGAGACGGAACAAUGGCGCUGCUCGCUGGACUCCCUGGACCGCCAACUGCUACUGGCACGCUCCAAUCCGGAGAGUUCCAGGAGCCAGGAAGCGGCGAAGCCUCAACUGAACAACGGCUUGGAGAUCCUGCGCAGGAGCAAUCUGGUCGAGCUUCUGCUGGAUCAUUCGCUGGCCAUGUUGGCUAGUGCCAUUCGAUUUGGCAACCGGACCCACGCACAGCUUUACCUGGAGCAGGGCCAAAGAUUGUGCCGCCUAUAUCAGCACCUCGGUUGCUCCCAGCAGGCACAGCACUUCGUCCAUGAACUACAGAACGCAGCCAGCGAUAUGGAACGCAUGUGUGAGUCGCAUAUACCAACCACAUCCGGCGGAAGUCCCCCAGCGGAGGAUGAAUCUCCGCCAGCGCCCAGGAAAUCCAUCAAGUUCCAGGAGCAUGUCGUCCAAAUACACUCUCCAGAUCCCCUGGCCAUGCCGAAGCAUAUGCCCCAUCUGGAAAACCACCAGCUCAAUGGGAUUCUAAGAGCUCACCACCAGGAGGAGGCCAACGCCAUUGAACCCCUGCAGGAGGAGGACAUCAAGAGCGCAUUGCUGCGGGAAAUAAAAAGUAGCAUUGAAGGGAAACCCACAGCACAAAGAGACACAGAACCAAUGGAUCCCCCUAAAGUGGAUGACCUAGAGGCCCAAACGGAAGAGGAAUCAAAAUCCGAGGAAACCGAGGAAGCCAAGGCGGAAUCACUCCUCUCGCUGAACGGAAUCUGCCGGAGGUUUUCCAUCGACAGGGAUAAGGUGCAGGUGCUGAGCAGCAAAACGGAGCAACUGGUCCUUAAAGUAGUCCCUUCCGAGGCCAAGCGGGAGGAGCUCAAGGAGAUCCUCAAGCGCAACACACAGAAGCUCAAGGGCGCUUUCAACUAGAGACAAUAAAGAUAAUACUACCAUAUAUGUACAUAGUAGCCAAAUUGCUUAAUCCUCCAGGCGAUUACUAAUAUAUUUAUACAAUAUUGAUACCAGAUAAACCAGUUGUGAUAAGGGCGACUAGAGAUAGGGAUAGAACUAUAGAUAGUUAUGGGCCAUAAAGAUUGGCCACUGUGGGCCAUAUAUGUAUUCGUAAUGUCUAAUCUUGACAUCAAUGUAAUUUCUCUAUGACAAUACUGUUCUUGAAUUUGUAAACCAAAGUCACAUUUAUGGAAAAUAAAUAAUGCAAAAUAAACA